CAAACUUCUAUACCUAUUUAAUAAAAACGAUUUUAAACCAGGAAGUUUAGAUGAGGGUAUUACACAUUCAUGAAUUGUUCCGUAUCGAAAUCGGGUCGUCAAUUCAUUUUUGAUUAAACGGCUUUUAUGUUGUAAUUUUAAUGCUAGUAAAGGCAUACGUAUACUGUACAGAGGUCGAGGAAUAAGUUUAAAUGAGUUUUAAACCUACAAAUAAGUGAACACAAAGAAUGGCGAGUGAAACAUCAUUGGUGGUUGGACUUGCUGUUCUUGGAAUCUUAUUUCUUGCCUUUUCAAUCUUGGGUGCUAUCAUCAUAUUCUGGAUAUUGGGAAAACUUCGUCAGCACGAAAAAGACAUCACUCGUCUACAAGAUAUAGAAAACGGAAGGCGUGAACAUAUAACGUCAGGCAACACACGUUUGACGGACAGUGCUAUCGAACUUAAUGACGUCAAUCCUGACAUUGGUGAUGGAAGACGACGUCCUUUGAGCCAGGCGUCAGCGAUAUCAAAUCGAAGUGGUGUUCGAGCAAGGAUGACGAUAGCGAUUCAGAAGGAAGAGGCUAAUAUAUACGGCCGUACACCUCCCUUAGGACAGGUUCUUAUGACUGCACAGAAUUACUACAAGAGCAAAACAAACACAAAUGACGACGUUCCUAUAGAAAGUGUAAAGAUAGUAGAUAGAGAAACAAAUACACGAUCUGCUGUAAGCAAAGUUCUUACUGAAGACUGGAGGGAAGGUAUACCUACCUCAAUUCUGUUUCACGGUGCUGCGACAAACUUUGAAGACGUAUUCAGUCAAAAUAAAGGUGUAUUUGUUCAUAAAACAAUUGGUGUUCAAGGUGGGACCAUUAACAUUUCGGGUGUAUCAUUAGUGAUUCCACCAGAUGCUUUAGAAGAAGAUAGGUUCAUUUCUGUCGGUGUAUUGUGGGACGAAAAGUUAAUGCCAACCAUGUCGAGAAAACAAAGCUUGUUAAGUCCAGUAAUAUUAUGUCAACCGAGCGGUCUUAAAUUUAGACUUCCUGUGACCUUGACAUUUUCUCAUGCAGCUAUCAAUGUCACGUCAGACUGGAUUCCGAAAAUCAUGAAACGUGAAGGCUCAUUAAACCAACCAAAUGAUUGGGUACCAAUAACUUUAGCAGAUUAUGAAGAAAGGGACGUGAAUGCUCAUCAUAUAAGUUUAAAACUGAAUCAUUUUACACUUUACACGUGCAUUGGAGAGUCCAAACCUGGCAAGAUGGCUGCUAAACUCGUGCAUAUAGUGGCAUUUGCUGGGAAGUUGCAGAGAGGAGCUUUCUUCAAACCGAAAAUCUACUGUCUGAAUAAAUACGCGGAGGAACUAGAGGAGGUUGAGAACUUUGUCAACAGAACAGACGGACGUUCCAGGAUUUCCGAUACAACCGAUCUAAUUAUACGAGACAAUGAACAGGACGUUGUGGUCGAAAUGGCCAAAUUGUCCGACGGGUGGAAUCUCGAUGGAGAUAGGACCGAGGUGUUACCUUUUGAACAGAUCUGGCACGCAUUCCAUCCUCAUUGCACUUUUAUCAUGAGACCUAGCAGGUCAUCCAUGACUGACAUCGUUUGUGAAAUUAAAGCAUACCAGAACAAUGAUGAAAAUAACUCUGCUAAACUAAAAAUUGCCGAGCAAGUGUCAUUGUUUAGUUCGCCUCUUUCAUCACCAGAAGAGGAUCCGCGCGAGGAGCUGAUAAACGAGCUUAUAAUUCUAUUGGACCCUCAUAACGAGGCUGGUUCGGACGCGGGUGAUUACAGAAACUUAGCAGAAAAAAUGCAAUGCAGCCUAGCCAGAAUACGUUGGCUAGGAACUCAGUCGAGUCCAACACGGAUACUUAUAGAUAAAUGGUUAGAAGAAGGAAAAACAUUUAAAGAGUUAGAACAGAUAAUGAUAGAUAUACAUAGGGAAGACGCUGCUGAGGAAAUUAAGAAACGGUUGCCACAUUUAAGUAAUAGUGCAGACUCGUAACAAUGGAUGCAUCUUGGUGUGCACGGGCUUUCCGUCAUUUGUUUGGGUGGAUAUUCAAAUCGUGGUUAAUCAAAUUGCUAGAAGACCAAUUUAAAGUUAAUUUUACUAAAAUUAUGUUUAGCAAUCAAACCGUGUACCUAUAAAAUCGAACGAUCUUUAUCCUGCAAAAAUGGUAGGAUAGUCACUUAAUACUAGAAGCUUACUUUCGUGUGAUCAAUUUCCAUACAUUUUUUUUGUGGUAUGUGCACUAUAUAUAAUGAUCAACAAUCAUUUUGUUAUAGUUUUAAAAAAAUAUGCAUUUGUUUAUGGUAGUAGUCGAUGUUAAUAUUUUAAUUAACAUCAGAUAUAUAACGUUGAUGAUCCACAGUGGAUCCUGUACAUUAUUAGGACGCGGAAAAGUAACCAUUUUCAAACCAUUUUCCUCUCUUCGCUAAGGGAUGGAGCCGCGCAAGUGUCUUGGAAUUCUUACGGAACGUCGAUGGUUCUACUUAACCGCCCGUUUGUGCCUGAAAUAACGAACAAAGAGGCAUCUGAGGACGACCUCCAGCUAGACAGUCGCCAUAUGACAUAUUCUGUGUUGAUAAGACGUAAAACCCGAUCAAAGAAAAACAAAACAAACAAAAAAAAACUAAUAAGGAAGAAUAUAUCACUUGUUUGAUCCAUAUUGUAUUCCAGAAUUAUUGCGUUGUUUGUCUAUGAACCGACUAUAUAAAGUAUAUCAGCUUAUCUACUGUAAUAUAAUAUGCUUCUAAUUAUAAUAAUAAUAAUAAUAAUAAUAAUAACGAUAAUAAACGGACACGACCAGUAAUGUUUAUAAUUUGUAUAGGAAGGAAUACGUGACUUAAACAGACGUACGUAUCGAAUUGAAAAUUUGAUAUACAUUUUGUAUAUUAAAUGCAUUUUGUUAUUCAAACAUUUGUUAUACAUGUCAGCAAAUACUUCCUUGUUUGGAUUUCAUUUCAAUGAUAGAACUUUAUAUGAGCCGUGCCACGACAAAACCAACAUAAUGGCUUUGCGACCAGCAUGGAUCCAGACCAGCCUGCGCAUCCGCGCAGUCUGAUCAGGAUCCAUGCUGUUCGCUUACCAAGUCUAUUACAAGUAGAGAAACUGAUAGCGAACAGCAUGGAUCCUGAUCAGACUGCGCGGAUGCGCAGGCUGGUCUCGAUCCAUGCUGGUCGCAAACGCAUUAUGUUGGUUUUGUCAUGACACGGUUAUAUGAUUAUACCACGUUUUAAUGCAUGCAUUCAAAUUGCAUUUAAUCAUUCAUGAAUACCCUCAGUUAAUAUGUAUUAAUAAGUAAAACAUACAUAAAACAGUAAAUAUCUUUUAAAUCAUAUUACAGUUGAAACCCCCAUUUGAAAAUCGAAUUAUACACAAUUGCUUUAUUUUUAUUAUUAUUUUAAAUACCAUUUUAUGAUGUAUAAAUGUUUUAAUAUUAAAUAAUGUUUUAAACAUCAUUAAUCAGUAUAAAUGUACAUUGCUAGGUUAUAUUCUGAUUAUUUGUUAUACUGGUAAAUACAAGUAAACGAAAUUUCGGUUUUUAAUUAGAACAAUAUAUUACGUUUAUUAUCCUUUAUGAUUUAUCGAAAAUAAAAAAAUAAAAACAUUGA